UAAAGAGGUCCUCCUCCUUUUAAAAUUGAAAUAUGAACACACACCCUACAGCUACAGGACCCCACUACUCUAUCUACUAGGUCCACCCCUAAGCUUAAUAGUAACCAUAGACUUGCAGACCAAUAUCGAGGCACGGCUCAAUUCUGUAGAUUGGCCAAACUUAUAAGUUAUUUCCCAACGGCCUUAAAACCAAAGUCUUGAAGAAUUCACUGCUACACUACACACACAAUAACAAAUAUAAAAACAACAAAAACAACAAACAACAAAUCUACUUGACCCCAAAAAACAAUAUUUAAAAGCAGGAAAAGGGAAAAAAGCAAAACAUUCAGCAUUGGUUCCAGUUAUUUGUGCCUUGGAACUUUUCCUUUGGCCCCUUCUCUCUUCCUUCGAUACCCACCACACAAUCACAUCACACGCACUUCUACGUGCCCCUUCCAUUCCAUCCCUCUCCAACUCUAAACUCUCACCAAAACUUCAUUUUUCUUUUUGUUUAAUUAGUAAAACUCUCUUAUUUUUUGUUACAUAUAAUAAAAAUCAAAUGUUAACCACAUAUAAACUUGUUUCGGAAUGACAAAUUAGAAGUGCGAAUAACGUUUUCUUUAUAAAAAUCAUCGAUCAAUUAAUUAAGUAAAAGUAAAGAAUUAGUUGGUGCGAUUUACAGUAUCCACUCGUAUACUGAAACUAUCAGCUAAUAAUCAGAUAAUCAGAUACUGUAAAUUGGUAUCUAAUGCCAACUUGCUUAUCCUAAGGUUCUUAACCAAAAAUCAAAAGAAAACACUCUCUCUCUCUCUCUCUCUCUCUCUCUCUCUCUCUCAUGCACAAGUCAAAACCCCUUAACGGCUAAACCCCCCCACUUUAUAACUACAAAACACUCUCAUCUCACAUUUUCAUGCACAAGUCCAUAUAAAUAUAUAUAUAUACACCCAUGAGUCUCUCUCCACCAUCUUUACUCUCUCCCCCUCCCCUCCUCUCUCCCUCUCUCUAGUGCAAGUGUUUUGAGCUAUAGUUAGCAGUCAUACCUCAGUCACUCCAUCAAAAUGCAUCAUCAGAAGACACCAUCUUCAGAAGACAAAGAGAAAAGGCCCAAGUUCUUCAUCAACGACCACAUUGACAUCCUCGUCGAGAUCCUCAAACGCCUCGACGGGCCCUCCCUCGGCGUCGCCGCCUGCGUCUGCCGCCUCUGGUCCACCCUCGCCCGCAACGACUCCCUCUGGGAACACCUCUGCUUCCGCCACGUGUCCUCCCCUCCCCCCUCCUCCGUCCGCCCCGUCGUCGUCGCCCUCGGCGGCUACAAGCGCCUCUACAGGGUCUGCGUCCGCCCCGUCCUGAGUCGACUCAGCGACUCGGACCUGGUCAGGCGUGUCUGGACUCGAGACGAGGUCCAGCUCUCGCUCUCCUUGUUCUGCGUCGACUACUACGAGCGAAGCGGCAGGCUCGGCGGCGGUGGCGGUGGCGGGGAUGCGUCCGCAUCGUCCCUCAUGUUCCUCUGCAACACCGUGAACGUCUGAUUCGUUGACUUUUUCGCUGUUUUGACUGUAGUGGGUCCUGAUGAGGGUUGAUAGUACUGGUAUUACUUUAGUGAUUUAGUAUACAUAUCAAUUUUUAUUUAGAAAAAAAAUAAAUAUUUUAUUUUAUAUUUUAUUUAUUAUUAUUGGGUAUUUAAAUAAUUGUCACUUGAUUUAUUUUGGAGGUGGGAAAAAGUGUGAGAUGGUAGUUACCUAAUUCCUAUGCUUAAUUAUUAUAGUAAAAUUGUUGUAAUU